UACCAAUAAUUUUGAAUGUCCGGCUUGCAACUUUGCAUGAAAGUUGGGAAGCGAUCGUUUGUGCUUUGAAGUAUUCUGUAUAACUUGGGUGCCCCAAUGUUUGUUUACUCAGCGGCUUCUUUUGGAAAUAAAUUACGACUAAAUAAAAUGCGGUUAAUAUGUUCGCACGAAAUUUUUCAGAACACAGCUUGUUCGUUGUUUCGGAAAGUUGAAGAGCGGACUAAUCUGAUCCUGAUCUGCUGGAAGCAACUUUGAAAAUCUGCCUCAAAACGUUGCGUGUCUGUUGAUCGCUGCUGGUGGGAGCAUUUGUGUGCCGCUAAGUCGUUGUACCAGUUUCUUUACUGGUGGAUGCAUACAUAAGAAAAAUUUAAGUCUGGCGGAUUCCUGAUAUCGCGUAGACGUAUUGGUACUCGUAUAAACGCGUUUUGAUUACAACGGAUUACCGCCUGCGCAUGUCGCUGCUGGACAAGAUGCCCUGUCAUUAUCCGACGUAUGAAAGGAAUGUUGAGGAAACGGAUAUCAAUGGCGGCGCCUACCUGAUGGCUCAACCAGAUUUUUUCUUACUGAACAGAUUACCAGAAUCCGUGCGGUAUCCUUACGCUUGUAGAAUGAUAUCCACGGUCAGCUCUCCUCAUUUAUCAUCUGCCAGCAGUUGUAAUCGCAAAAAGCGGAGAUUACCGGAUUCCAUCAAGUUUGUCAGCAAUUCAGCCAUAUCCACGACUGAUCACAGCAAUUCUCCGCCUGACGAAAAAAUGGAUUCUUGCCGCAAUGGAACAUACUUUACCAAUUUUUAUCGCUUGUUGCGCAUGGAAUCACCGGUUGUUCCGCCGCUUUUACUGCGGAAUCCAGUCAGAAAACCGGAGAGUGGCCCCGGGAAGGUGAAAGUUCUUCUGCGGGUGGCUGGGCCUCUGGAGGAUUCGGGGAGUUCAUGGUUGACCAUCGAUCAGCGCCGGAAGCAAGUCAACUUACUGGAUCCCAGCAUGCUGUCCGGCAACAGCAGUGUUGGGGGAACGCGUUCGCGUUCCACCACAGCCCUCCCGCUGGCCCCCAAGAUGUUCAGUUUUGAUAACAUCUUCUCGCCGGAUAGUUCCCAGAGCGAAAUCUGCUCUGCAUCUCUAGUUGAUCUGAUCCACUCCGUGGUCAACGGGCAAGAUGCCUGCUUGAUAAGCUUCGGUCCAGCCAAAUUAGGAAAGACGUACAGCGUCGUGGGGUGCGACAGCAGUGUGACACAUGCCGGUCUAAUUCCUACGGCCAUCUCCUGGCUAUUCCGGCUGGUCAAUGACGAAAAGGAGAAAACCGGUGCUAAAUUCACUAUCAGAGUUUCGGCGGUAGAGGUUUCCGGUGUUCAUGAAACAGUAACGGAUUUGCUAGCUGGAAUGGCAGAAGAAGCACGUAAACAAGCCAGAGACCAGCCUUGUCCGACAUUUCUUUGCGAUGAUCCUCGCUACUCGUCGCCCCUACUGAAUCCCAAUGAGUUGCAAGCCUCCAAUCCCGAAGUCGCCGGUCAGUUGCUGGACGCCUGUCUGAAGCGACGCCGGGAAUCCGGGUCAUCGGCCGGUUCCCAUCUGUUCUUUACAUUGCACUUGUACCAGUUCCGAAAAGAUAAGGAUGGCGUGGGAGGUGGAGUUUCGGGCGGUCGUAAUCGUCUGCAGUUGAUCGAUUUAAGUAGUCAAGCUGGCGAAAUGCCCUUAUCCGGACUGGGUAAUGUGAUUUUGGCCUUGAUAAACGGUCAGAAGCACGUUGUGUCCUGCAAGGAGAGCAAAAUUACACAACUCCUCAAAGACGCACUAAAUAAUGUUGCCAGCCAAAUAGCCUUAUUGUGCCAUGUCAGCUGUGCGCCCAGCAAAUAUCCUGAAACACUCUCGGUCAUCCAAAUGGCCUCCCGUGUUCAUCGGAUGCGCCGGAAACGGAUAAGGACUGGCGUGGGAUAUGGAUCAGCGGAUUCCCAUCGCAUGUUCUCGUCGUCGACCAGCUCCGAACCCAGCUCAAGCGAAGUAUCAUCGGCCACCACUGUAAUCUUUUGUGGUGCUCGCACCGGUCUCCAAGGCGAUUCACCUCGUAUCCCACCAUCCAACCGCAUCCAGACAAAUCCCAAUUUGAAAUUAAUUCGGGCGUCGGUAGCAACGUCACCUCUUGCGUCGCCGAAAAUGGUGCCGCAUAGCCUUUUAACUCUCACACCCGGUUCUCCUGUUAAAACACCUUUAGUGCCGAUCAAAAUGGCCACCGAUGUCAUUGAGCCCGUAGUUCAUCCGCGACCGGCUCCGAAGCCCGAAGUUAUUGUUCCAAAAGUAAAGAAAACCAAAGAAGCCAAUACGGAGCCAACGUCGGUCGAAGCCCAAACAUCCGUUAUCAACAAAUCCAAAACCAUGCCCGAAAUACGGCCGAUCAGUCUGAAAAUGACCAAGCAAACUCAAGCCCGGCGGGUGCCCGUCGGUUACCCGUGGGCGGGUGGCGUCGACGGCAUUGACACCGUCAAACGUGAUAUGAUCCAGAAAUGGGUCGAACUGCAAUCUCCGGAGGAAGAGAGCCCCGAGGCGCUGUGCACUAAUUUCAAGAUUUCGCAGAGCACGGAGCUGAUGAUUGUGGAGGAACCGGUGAUGGCGGUGGAUACUUGUGAUGCAGCGCAGCAGGUCUCGCAGCUGGAGAUUCUCCAUGAGACGCAUGACAUUUGUACAGAUACACCGGAACCGUCAUUGCACCAGAUCAGCAAUUCCCGUGAUUAUGGAAUCUCCCAGCAGGAUCUGGAAGAUCUGGAUGCCCUCGAUACCUUGGCAUCACAUCUCAGUUCACAGUUGGAUUUACUAUCGGUUGAAUUGGCGGAAUCCUUUACGGACGAGCGGGAAGUGCCGCAAUCACCUCCCGUAAACAUUCCCCAGCCGAUGCGACCGCUGCAGGUUGUACCACUGCCGUUGCCAUCGACUGUGUCCUUUGAAGACGUAUGGCAACCGUACAAACCGACAACGCCCAGCACACCCGUACACGCCAGCCAAAACAAUUCGCUUCGGAAGAAAUCGGCGCCGGCGCCUCCUACCCGGUCAUCCAGUGUUCCUCGCCAGUCCAUCGACGGGCUAUCUCCCAUAAAAUUCAAUACCACCCGGUCGAAGCCGCGCACGGGUAAACUAACGUCGAAGGUGGUAGCGUCACCCAGCAAAGCCAGUGUGACAUACAUUGCUCCAUCGCCUGACCUCAGUCACGAUUCCGGUCACGACAGCGGAUCGAGUCUGGCUUUGCGUAAUCCCAAACAAAUCCCGAGUAUUAGCAAUCAACCUGGGAAUAGUAAGCGAUCGCCCAGUCAGUCGAGCAGCAGCGGACACGGAAGUGAUGAGCACAGUACAGUCAGCAGUAGUGCGCCAUCUCAUAAAACUUCCGCUCUGCACGCCGCCACUACCGUGACCAGCAUGACCAGUUUACAGAGAGAAACUGUGCAACUGAUGGCAGUGUCACCGGAAACGGAUCUGUCUUCGGUGCGAAAUCCAACUGCCAGACUUGAUCACAAAUCGACUCACUCACAUGAAAUGGAAGAUUUUAGUAAGCUUACCACACGGCCAAAACUCUGGACUCGCUUACCGUGCUUUGGUGGGAACGAAAUUUGACGGACCAAACCACAGAUGCCAGUUUAAGUGAUUUGUAGACUCAUUACCCGGAUCUUCAGCUCGCGAGCGAAGAAUGCUUAAUGAUCAUAAAAUCCGAAUCCGUGGUUUUUUCAACAGCUGCUUGUCAACGAUUCGCAAAUUUACUUAACAAUGAGUACAUCCACCUGGUGGACAUUUUCUUGAAAUCGUUUUUGUAGUUUGUACAGUUUUUAUGCUGUUUCUGGAUUACGUUAAAGUGUUGGUUCUAGAAGUAUUGCUGCAAUUUCUUAUCGGAAAAAUGUUGUGUUUAACCCCAAACAUUUUAGAGUUGAGAGUAAAUUUUAUGUUGCUGGUAUUUUAAUGUUUAUUACAUGUGAUGAUUGUAAUCUUCCUGUG